AUGGCAGUGCUCGGGAUACUGAUUUCUGCAGCCCUUCUCCUAGGGUCUGCAUCUGCAGCCUCUCUGGGGGUGGUAUACACAGAAGGUGGAAUGGUAGAGGGGAAAAACAUUUGGCUUGGACUCUUUCGUUCCAUGGAUGUCUUCAAGGGAAUCCCAUUUGCUGCACCCCCUGGAAGGUUUGAGAAGCCUAAACCUCACCCUGGCUGGGAUGGUGUUCUGAAGGCGACAGAAUUCAGAAAGAGGUGUUUGCAGCCAAACUUGCUCCAGACUGACACACGUGGUAGUGAAGACUGCCUCUAUCUUAAUAUCUGGGUCCCUCAGGGCUCAAAAGUGUCAACUGGUCUUCCUGUUAUGGUUUGGAUCUAUGGUGGUGCAUUCCUGGUUGGUGGCUCACAGGGUGCUAACUUCCUGGACAACUAUCUGUACAGUGGUGAGGAGAUUGCUGACAGGGGCAACGUGAUUGUGGUAACCCUAAACUAUCGCGUUAGCACCCUUGGAUUCCUUAGCAGUGGAGAUUCAGACGCCCCAGGAAACUAUGGACUCUGGGAUCAGCAUGCUGCUAUUGCUUGGGUGCACAGGAACAUUGCUGCUUUUGGUGGAGAUCCUAACAACAUCACUAUCUUUGGAGAGUCUGCUGGAGGAGCCAGUGUAAACUUCCAGAUUCUUUCUCCAAUGAACAAAGGCUUGAUCAAGAGAGCCAUUUCUCAGAGUGGUGUUGCUCUCUGUCCUUGGGCUGUUAACAGGAAUCCAAGAGCAUUUGCUGAAGAGGUUGCUCGUAAAGUGGGAUGCCCAACUGAUAAGGGGAUGGUCCCUUGCCUGAAGAUUACUGAUCCUGUUGCGCUCACUCUUGCCGGCCAUUUGGAAUUAACUGGAUCUCCUUCAAACCCAGUUGUAAACAAUUUGGUCAUUGCACCUGUGAUUGAUGGAGAAUUCCUUCCAGAAGACCCUAGCAGACUGUUUCACAAUGCUGCUGAUAUUGACUACAUGGCUGGUAUCAAUGACAUGGAUGCACAUAUUUUCACCGGUUUUGAUAUUCCUUCGAUCAAUCAACCAUUUCAAGAUACACCUGUGGAGGAUGUAAAAACACUUCUGACAGCCCUGACCAAACCAAAGGGAGAGCCAGCUGCACUUGCUGCAAUUCAAGAGUACACUCUUGGCUGGGGAGCUGAUCCUCCCCAAUCCGAGGUGAAGAAGACCAUUGUGGCCAUUGAGACAGACUAUAUCUUCCUGGUGCCAACCCAGACUGCUUUGUACCUCCAUACUAACAAUGCCAAUACUGGUCGUACCUAUUCUUAUGUAUUCUCUGAGCCAUCACGCUUGCCUUUGUAUCCAUCCUGGAUGGGUGCUGACCACGCUGAUGACCUCCAGUAUGUGUUUGGAAAACCUUUCACCACUCCUCUGGGAUACUGGCCUCGUCAUAGGGAUGUGUCUGGAUACAUGAUUGCUUAUUGGACCAACUUUGCUAAAACUGGAGAUCCUAACAAUGGAGAUUCUAAAGUCCCUGUGACCUGGCCUGCCUUCACCAGCGCUGGGCACCAGUUCCUGGAAAUCAACAGCAAAAUGAAUCAGGACUAUGUUAAGCAGAAGCUGAGGACACGUUUUGUCUACUAUUGGACCAGCACUUUCAUGAGCUUCCCAACAGUGCUGGAUUCCAAAUAG